GAUGGGGGCCGGGGGCGGCGGGCGCCGCACUCGCUGAGGCCCGACGCGGGGCUGGCGCCCAGGCCGAGCGCAGCGGCCGGAGGGGCGCGGAGGACGCCGGGGCCGCGCGCGACGAGCAGGUGGCGGCAGCUGCAGGUGUGGACGGCAGAUUGGGUUGAAAAGCCGAGUACAACCCUGCCGACCACCCACAGGUGCCACCACUGUGUGUUCAAGGCUGGGUCCCAGCAGGACCGGGCGCAGCGCUGGGCCACGUCCUCGGGCGGCAGGGGUGCGCAGGCUGGAGAUCGCUUGUCUGGGAAGAGCUCGGCUGCACACGCCGCCCCUUCCCGCUGAUCCCUGGGACCCACAGAGAGAGCUCAAGGAACUUGUCAUCUUUCCAAGACGGCCGUGCUCAGUGAAGGGCCUUGCUCUGGCUCCUGAGCAGUGACCAUGGGCCUGCUUGCCUACCUGAAGACGCAGUUCGUUGUGCACCUCCUCAUCGGGUUCGUCUUCGUGGUGAGCGGGCUGGUCAUCAACUUCAUCCAGCUGUGCACGCUAGUCCUCUGGCCCGUGAACAGGCAGCUAUACCGCCGGCUGAACUGCCGCCUCGCCUACUCGCUCUGGAGCCAGCUGGUCAUGCUUCUGGAGUGGUGGUCAUGCACGGAGUGCACUUUGUUCACAGACCAGGCCACGGUGGACUGCUUUGGCAAGGAGCACGUGGUCAUCAUACUCAACCACAACUUCGAGAUUGACUUCCUCUGUGGAUGGACCAUGUGUGAGCGCUUUGGCGUGCUGGGGAGUUCCAAAGUCCUUGCCAAGAGGGAGCUGCUCUACGUGCCCCUCAUCGGCUGGACCUGGUAUUUCCUGGAGAUCGUGUUCUGCAAACGGAAAUGGGAAGAAGACCGAGACACUGUCAUCAGGGGGCUGCAGCGCUUGUCCGACUACCCCGAGUACAUGUGGUUCCUGCUGUACUGUGAGGGCACGCGCUUCACGGAAAUGAAGCACCGCGUCAGCAUGGAGGUGGCUGCCUCCAAGGGGCUGCCCCCACUCAAGUACCACCUGCUGCCUCGUACCAAGGGCUUCACCACCGCGGUCCAGUGCCUCCGGGGGACAGUCUCAGCUGUCUAUGACGUCACCCUGAAUUUCCGGGGAAACAAGAACCCGUCUUUGCUGGGGAUCCUCUACGGGAAGAAGUAUGAGGCGGACAUGUGUGUGAGGAGGUUUCCUUUGGAAGAGGUCCCACUGGAUGAAAAGGAAGCGGCUCAAUGGCUUCAUAAACUGUACCAGGAGAAGGAUGCGCUGCAGGAGAUGUACAACCAGAAGGGCGUGUUUCCAGGGGAAGAGUUCAAACCCACCAGGAGGCCGUGGACACUCUUGAACUUCCUCUCCUGGGCCACGGUUCUCCUGUCUCCUCUCGUCAGCUUUGUCUUGGGUGUCUUUGCAAGCGGAUCCCCCCUCCUGAUCCUGACGUUCCUGGGGUUUGUUGGGGCAGCUUCCUUUGGAGUUCGCCGACUGAUAGGAGUCACUGAGAUAGAAAAAGGCUCCAGCUAUGGAAACCAAGAAUUUAAGAAAAAGGAAUAAUUAAUGGCUGUGAGUGAACACACAUGACCUGACAGUGGUUCCAAUUAACUCAAUUAAAACAGAACAACGCACAGAGCAGGAAAAAAGACACUUAGAAACUAUUUUUCUUAUUAACUGGUGACUAAUAUUGACCAAUAAAACUUGAGCCAAGAGCGAACAGUCAGAAGGCCUGCAGAUGAGGGUGCUGGCCUUGCACCUGCUCAGGGCCCGUGUGUCCUCAGGGAGCACGGGGCUCCAGGCAGACGUACUGGGGGGUCACUCCUGGGAUAACGGGUUUCAACCCCAUGCAGUCUCUCAAGGACGCUGCCUGCCGGAGGGAGCCUUCGGUUGCUUUCUCUUCUUGAACUUAGACCCUGUUUUUGUUUGUUAUCAACUAUUUCUAGAACUUACCCUGGCCCCCCACCUCUUCCCCUAUACCCCAGCAAACUCUUCCCAACUCUUGCCCUGUCCUCCUGGGAGCAGAUGUGACAUGGUCGCCAUCCUGCAAAGCACCCGCUUGUCCAGCUCUGCUCGGCACCGCAUUUCGCUUUCAGACAGUGGAGUGGGGCCGUGGAGAAAGUUCUGGUGAUAAGCACACACUGGGUGCAUCAGAUGGGCUUGGAGCCUGCACGGGCUGGCUGCAGGCCACCUCCCCAUUUCAGUUUCCACAGCAUCGCUGGCUGUUACCUACCCAACUGUGUGUGUAAAUACCUUAAGUCUGUUUUUAAAGUGGAUGGAGCCCAAAAACCUGGUGAAAUAUGGAGUCCUCCAGUUCCCGGGGCUCCCCUGUCCCUUUUGCCCUUUUACUCAUGAAGCUGAGUGUGCCUGAGGGAGACCUCUGUCCUGCAGUCCACAGGACUGUCAGAUGCUUUUUAAAAAGCUGUGUCACCACCACACCUCUGUCUUCUAAAGGUGGUUGGAGACCUAACAAGGAGCUCAUUGGCUUUUAGAGAUUUUAUUUUCCCAGUCAGUCUAGUGGUGGCUUUCAACUUCCUAGUGAAAACAAGAGGCGUGAGACUUUCCACCUCCCCACCCUCCCUUCCCCAGCAGGUGCUGGUCUUUGGGGGCAGGCAUCACCUGGCCUGGCCAGGCCAUAGCCUCGGCCCAGCAGGUGCUAGCUCUUCCUCAGCCCCGUCCUGUGUCCCGGCAGCCUGAGCUUGGCGGGCUGGGAGCUGCUGGGGCUGACUAGAGGGCAGGAUCUGGCCUCCCCGAGUCAGACCCCCACACCCAAGGCUCGGCCAGUCCAUCCGCUGUAGUGCAUCUGCAGGGGAUGCUCUUCUUAAAUUUCCCACUUGCUUUUUAAAAGUCACACUCCUCAUCUUUUUUAGCAAAGGAAAGAAAAAUAACGGGUGUUAUCUCUGACAAACUGUAACCAGCAUUCUGAAUAGAGGCAGGUUGAGUUUUCUAGGGGAAAAAAAAUGGAGGAAAGAAGCAUGGAAAAAAUUAUAAACUAAAUUGGAAAAGUACCCAUUGACCCUAAGUAUGUAUUUUGGGAAGAGUUAUUGAGCCAGCGUGUAUUUAUUCUCUACAGUGACAACACUAUUACACUCUGGGAACUGUAGUGGUGCAGAAACAGAAGCAUAAAACCACAGGUUUAUGCUCAGGGCUCAGGAGCCGUAGGGAACGAGCAUGAUUAAAACAACAAAUCAGCUUUAAGAUGCUUUUGUUUAGAGUGUGCUUCCCUCUGUCUUAAAGCACAUCUCACCUCCUGCCCUUCACCACCUUGGGGGCGAACCGUGAGCACAGCCACUUACACUGUGGUGAGCAACCACUGUAGGUUUUAUUUUUCUUCAUAUAAUAAGCUGCUCAUCUGUCUUUAUCUGUGUUUGCUAAUUCACUGAUACCUAAAAAAAAAACCUUAGAAGAAAAGCUAAAAGUUACUACUGAGCAGAUACAUUGCCUGGAAAAUACAAAUUUAAAUCUUUCACCCUAUAAUUAAUACUUCUUGUUUCCCAGAUAAGUUCCCUCCUCUUGAAAUUGAUAUAUAAUCAGUAAACUUGACACUGAAUGAAUGAAUGAACUGUGAACACUUCUAAAAUGGAGACUGAGACCACUAGGAGGUUUUAGAUCUCAGUGAUUUCCUUCUGAUUUAAUAUAGAUUAGCUUGUGCAUUUGAAUACCAAGACCUUUGAGAGCAAUAAAAACUGCACCAUGAAUGUUUGUUUUUUUUUUGGAGGGGGUACAUUUUGCUUUUCAUCAUUUCAGAAGGAAAAGGGGAGGGGAACUCCUUUAAUUUUUAAGUUGAAAUAAUAAAAGUAAAGUAGUGCUUUUCUUUUUCUCUUUAUACCCUACAACUGAGCUUCGUCUGUUGCUGACAUGCCCAAACUCAAACUGGACAUUGGGACUCUCUGUGCUGAUCACUGCUGUGGGCACAUGCUCCAGGCCUGUAGCUGAUGCCCCACGCUGGUCCUGGAGCUAGGGGGGUGUUGGUUGGCCCACUUUGCUGGGCCUGCCCCAUUGCUCACAGUACACCUCCAGAGCCAGCCCUGACCCCGAGGGCACACAGGGAGACCACCCUUCUGUACGCUUCCUGCAGGAGGAGCGGCCAGCCUGGCCACUGGCUGACCUGACUCAGCCCUUGGGCUGGGCGCUGUCUCUGGUCUUCUGGCAUGUAGCCUGGCCUGCCUAAUGAGUGGGGUCUGGGCUGUGGGCCCUCCCUGUGUGUCCAGCUGGGAGAGGGUCCAAUCCUGGCCCCUCCAGGGAGACCCAGGGGCUGCUGAACUCCAGGGAGAGUUCCUGUGGCUUUUCAUAGUGACUCUAUGGCUGCUACCAGCACCUGGGGACUUCCUGAUAGCAUUGUAAGCGGUGACUGUCCCCACUGCAUGCAAGUGAGCAGACAGACGCUGGGGAAAGGCCUAGCUGGUCAGAAGGAAAGCAUGUCAUAGUUUUCAGUUAACCACAAGAAGUAACACUGGUUAUCCAGUGCUUGGGGAUGGCAUCCUAGAUGCAUGGCCCUGUUUGAGACCCGCUCUGCCGUCCCGAUGUCCUCAAGAUGCAGAGUUUGGUUGGAGAAAGAAGCUCCGAAUAUACAAACGACUAAAUAACAAGCACCUACUUAUAAAAAUCAAUGCAGGUAUACCCUCUGAUCACUUUUGAAUCUUUCUCUUGUCUGUCCCUGUCAGCCCUCCUCAGUGUACCAUGGCAUGAGAGUCCCCCCUGACUUAACUAGUUCAGUUACUGAGCAUUGAAAUUGAUCUGAAAAAAAAGUGACCUGUGCAGUCACGUGCAAUUCAGAGCUGUCUCUAGGCGACCCACACCCAUGUCACUGCCGAUGUCAGAUUUGUGUUAAAGAGUAAGUAACUGCAUGUCGCUUUGUCUCUGCCCGAGACACCUCUAGGACAAGCCAAAUAGAAUCUUUCAGCCAGGCUGAUUUUCAUGCUGCAAACUCCUCACCAAUAGCUGCAUGCUUUCCCAGCAUGCAACACUCGGUGUUCAAUGGUGUGAUGUGGCUUCUGACCUCUGCAGUGUAACCAGGCUCAGUGCUGAAACGGUGGGCCUGACAUGCCCGCCUGCCUUCUCUGUGGACACUGCACGUCCCUGGCCCUCGUGCUUGCUCCUUUCUCUACUGAGUGAGCUCCCAAAGCGCCUGGUGGCGGGGCCAGCUGCUGUGCCCCAGAUCCUGUGUGGGACUGCCUGGGUGCUUGCGCACAUCAGAGUCCCACAUUCUUGCAUGUCAGGGCCAGGGUGCAAAAAUGCAUGGGGUUUGGAUAGAAGAUGUAACCUGCGUUCCACUUGACUGAGGGCUGGACACACAUGAACUAAGUUUUAGCUCACUGAAAAUGGCAGCAUUCUCAAAAAGUGCUCAGGAAAGCAAAGGAGGAGAACUACUUCUAGGGAAUAGUAAGAACUUCCCAGAGACAUUGACGCCAGUCAGCCCUGGUGGCCUCCACAUUUUCUUUUUAAAAACAACUGAAUUGCUUUAAAAUUUUAAGCUUUGUAAUGACAAGUUCAUCUGGAAUCUUUUUUCUUUUCUUCACUAAACUUCAGUUUCUUAACUUUUCGUUGCACAAGUAUUUGGACAGAAGUCAAACUCUGAAUGAGAUACUGAAAUGCACUGAACUGUAUUAAAUUAAACUGGAGUUACUUGAUACAAUGAA